GGGAGCCCCGCGGGCCGGAGGAAGGAUGGGUUGCAUCGGCUCCAGGACUGUCGGAAACGAGGUGAUUGCCGUGGACUGGAAAGGGCUAAAAGAUGUUGACCAGAUCAAUAUGGACAGCACCAGCUCACUCCAUGGCAGCAGCAUCCACCGGCCGUCCACCGAGCAAACACGGACAGAUUUCUCCUGGGAUGGCAUUAACCUCUCCAUGGAAGACACAACCUCCAUCCUCCCCAAGCUGAAGCGAAACUCCAAUGCAUAUGGGAUCGGAGCUCUGGCAAAGUCUUCCUUCUCUGGCGCCUUAGGGAUAUCCCGCACCAUGAAGGAUCACGUCACCAAGCCCACUGCCAUGGGGUCGGGUCGCGUCGCACACAUGAUUGAGUGGCAAGGUUGGGGCAACGGCAACAACCAGCAGCAGCACCACACUCACGAAACGGUGCGCAAGGACGCCGACGCUUACUCUGACCUGAGUGAUGGGGAGAAGGAGGCCCGAUUCCUUGCAGGGGUAAUGGAGCAGUUUGCUAUCUCAGAAGCCACCCUCAUGGCCUGGUCUUCCAUGGAUGGUGAGGAUGUGAGCGUUAAUUCUAACCAGGAGAACCAAGCUGGCAACUACAACGAGAACUACCAGGAGAUGAUGGAGAACCAGGAGCAUCUGGCCCAGGCACAGUAUGACAGUUGGCCUCACUCCUACGUCUCGCAAGGCAUGUACUGCCUAGGUUCCUCCGACGCCUGGGAGACCAGCGACCAGUCACUCAUUGCGUCCCCAGCAACUGGCUCCUAUCAGGGCCAGAACUUUGAAGAGUCCCAGCCCAGCUUGCAGGAAAGCGUUCUGAUCCAGAACAACCUUCUUCAGCAGCAUCAGUUGUUGCAGCUACAGCAGCAGCAGCAGCAGCAACAGCAACUACUACAACAACAACAACAACAACAACAGCCACAACAGCAGCAGCAGCAACUGCUCUCUAAUACUAGCCUUGUGGAUGUAUGGCCUGCUCAGACAGUUCCUAGUGGCGGCGGCAGCAGCACAGAUUCCAGCACCUUUGUGGGAAUCCACACAGAGGAGGAGGAAGGCAACCCCUUGCUGGAGAAGGCUCCCUUACUGAACAAGAAGCCCUCGCCCGAGGAGGACGAUGCUGUCUGCCGGGACCUGGAGUCCCUGUCCCCCCGGGAGGAGCCGGAGCCUGCCGCCCUCAGCCGCAAGGUCUCCGAUGUUACCUCGUCCGGGGUGCAGUCUUUUGACGAAGAGGAAGGUGAAGCCAACAACUGAUGCUGCCAUGGAGGAACCCUUUGCUCUUAUGCAUGGGAAACACACGGGUGGGGUGGGGGAAAGGGAUAGGAAAACCCCCUCUCCAGCUCCUGAAGUCCCCAAGCGCACACGAGCACACUUGUUUGUUUGUUUUUAGUUUCAUGGCAAGGUAAGCCGAGGACCAAAAGUGCUGGGCAAUGCUAAGUCUCCCCCACCCACCCAACCCUUCUUCUUGCACAUGUGGGGCUGAGCCUUCAAGACCUACUGCCUUGGACACCCAAACACAGAGAGCUCAGGGAAUGCAAGACGGUGGCCUCCACUGGCUGUGUGGUGGAUACAGGUUGUGCUUUUAGCAGAGAUGUGGGUUUUUCUUUGAGGGGAGGCACACAUUCGUCCUUAAUUCAGCGACGCAGAAGAUGCUGCUACAAUCUGCCUUGGCUCUUGGGACUGGAGGGUCAAGAGUUUCAAACGACAGUGUUGUGGAGCAGGAACAGCGAGGGCGUGCGGCUUUGUAGACAAAAACGUACCGCAGCAAAAAUUGCAACCCCAGGGCCCGUCCUAAAGUGAGGUGCUACCUGGAGAGGCACUCUGGACUUGAGUCCGGGAAGAGAGUGAUGUGUGGAGAGACUCUGUGGAUGUGCAGGCCAUGCACCAGAAUGAGGCUCUGUGGGUACCAACUAUCUUUGAUGUGGACAGAGCUGCUCUAUGAGUCCAGCCCAAACCUCAUUCUCCAGCACGUGUGCGUUGUUGGCCUCUGCAGAAAGCUUCCUUGUUAACCCCCCGUUACCUCUGCCUACCUGGGAGCUGGAGAGAGGGGUUUCUCCCCCUAUUUAAUAUUGGA